AUGUCUUUCUCCCUGCAUCACUAUGUCCUUCUCUUAGUUUGCAUUCUCACUUGUGCCUCUGCGGUUCCCACACCAGCAGAGCUCGCACCCCGAGCAUGUUCCACGCUUGGUCCUGCCAACAUCAGCAACCUCAACAAAACGGCACCCGAUGCAUACCUCAACGGACUGACCUUUGCACUUCAUCGCGAUGGAGGAGCCAACUCUAACACCAUCAAAUCGGUCGUAUCGUUCGCAUACAUCCCUCCUGGUGCCACUGGCUGCAUGUUGCAGAUCGAUAUUCCCAAGCUUCCCACAAGAAAUAACCCUGGUCCCAUUGCCAGCGGCACCGGCACACAAGCUGAUGUCUGGCUCAUUACCAACCCCCAACGUAGCAAUCCGUACGACGUGAAUUUCAUCUACGAGUACAGCUGGAACAAACCACCCGUCAAGAAUCAGUUCGUCAGCACAACGAUCUUCCCAACCAACUCGCCCACGGAUGCACCUUACAGGACGUUCCUGUGGAGUGGGACGUGUCAGCAGCAGCUGAGCUUUCAAUUCGAGCUGAGUGAUUGGCAACAGGGUAGCGGGGAUGUCAACUUCUUCAACACUCUUGGUGGCAAGAUAGGCCUGACCCCGAUUGGAUUUAGGAUCGUAUACAAUUGCUGA